GACAAUACUCCCGAGGGUUUACAAUAUUAACAGUAAGCGAGCGGGAAAGCUGCAAAACAUGUCAAACUCAAAACCCCCAAAACCCUCAAACAAUUCACAGGACAUUGAGCUUCUGAAAUCGGAUGUUGCUUCUUUUGCCUCUUCUCUCGGAUUCUCUUCUUCUCUCCCAUCCUCAGGCUUUAACGAUGCUGAUUUUCGCAAAACCGGCCCCCUUAAACCUAACAAACGCAACGAAUCUGCUAAGGAAACCGUCAAUGGUGGCACCGACAUUGAGCGGAAGACUGCUGAUGCCCAGAAGAAAAAGUUCAGGAAUUUCAAGAAAAAAAAUGGCAAGCUGCAGUCCGAGCACUCAGCAGACCACACCCAAAAGCUGAAUUCCAAGGAUAAUGGCAUUUUCAGUAACCAAAAACCAAAACCCAAAGCUCCUGUUUUGUCACUUGAUGACGAUAAAACUUACAAGGGCAAGCGGUUUGAUAAGUACAAGAAUUUGCCGAAGCUGCCUUUGGUGAAGUCGAGUGCAAUGAGCUCAGAGUGGUACAAGGAUGCAGGUGAAAUGGAGGAGAAGGUAUUGGGAGGUGUAGAAAAGAACCGGAGAGUUGAAGUGAAAAACCUGGAGGAAUGGAAGAGGAUAGUGGAAAAGAAGAGGGAGUUGGGAGAGAGAUUGAUGUGGCAGUAUACCCAGGAUUUUGAUUCAAGCAAAGGGAAGUCCGGGGACAUGAAGAUGGUGAUUGCCGCACAGAAGGCGGGAACUGAGGCUGAUAAAGUCACCGCAUUUGAGAUUAUGGUGGGGGAGAAUGCAAUCGCCAAUUUGAGGUCACUUGAUGCUCUCUUGGGAAUGGUAACCUCGAAAGUUGGAAAGCGCUAUGCAUUCAAGGGGUUUAAAGCAUUGACUGAACUUUUCAUUAAAUUAUUACCUGAUCGGAAGCUGAAGACACUUUUGCAGCGUCCAGUAAAUAACCUUCCAGAAACAAAAGAUGGUUAUUCCCUUCUCCUUUUUUGGUACUGGGAGGAGUGCUUAAAGCAGAGGUAUGACCUUUUUGUUUUUGCACUCGAAGAGGCAUCAAGGGAUAUGCUACCUCAACUAAAAGACAAGGCACUAAAGAGCCUGUACGUUUUACUGGCGAGCAAAUCAGAGCAAGAGCGAAGAUUACUCACAGCACUAGUGAACAAGCUGGGAGAUCCUCAAAAUAAAAGUGCAUCGAAUGCUGACUUUUACCUAUCAAAUCUUUUAUCUGAUCACCCAAAUAUGAAAGCUGUGGUGAUUGAGGAAGUGGAUACUUUUCUUUUUCGACCUCAUUUGGGCUUACGAGCGAAAUAUCAUGCUGUUAACUUUUUGAGCCAGAUUCGUUUGAGUCACAGAGGAGAUGGACCAAAGGUGGCAAAACGAUUGAUAGAUGUGUAUUUUGCAUUGUUCAAGGUACUGAUUACUGAGGCAGGUGCUGACCAGCUGGUGGAUAAAAGUGAAGAAGUGGAGGCUAGAAAAUCUUACGGGUCUUCUAAGAAAAACAUACGAAAGAGUUCGACAGAGUCUCAUGUUGAAUUGGAUUCUAGACUUCUAUCAGCUCUCUUAACAGGAGUUAAUAGAGCAUUUCCAUAUGUUUCAAGCAAUGAGGCUGAUGAUGUAAUUGAGGUGCAUACACCAAUGCUCUUUCAACUGGUUCAUUCGAAGAAUUUUAAUGUGGGAGUUCAAGCAUUAAUGCUUCUUCACAAAAUCUCAUCCAAGAAUCAGAUUGUUAGUGAUAGAUUUUACCGUGCAUUAUACUCAAAACUCCUACUCCCUUCUGUAAUGACUUCUUCCAAGGCAGAAAUGUUCGUUGGACUUCUUCUCAGAGCCAUGAAAAGUGAUGUUGCACUUCAGCAGCCACCUCAGUAUGCAUGUGGAUCCCUGUUCCUUCUAUCCGAAGUUCUUAAGGCAAGACCACCUUUAUGGAAUAUGGUGCUCCAAAAUGAGUCUGUUGAUGAAGAUUUUGAACAUUUUGAAGAUGUUAGAGAAGAAAAUGAUGCCGAAACUGACACAGCUGCAAAUAAAGAGGAUGCUCGUGUUGAACAUGCUAAUGGCAGUGAAGUUGCCAACUCUGACAAUGAUUCGUCGGAAGAACAAGAUCACUUGCCUGCCUCUGAUUCUGACGAUGAAGAUACUUCAGUUGAGGCAAGGGAGCUGCUUAUGGAAGACAACUCAAAUUAUUUUUACAGACAGAAAGAAAUAUCUACUCAAAACUUGCAGAGACCACAGAUGUUUUCCACAAAGACUGUCCUUCCUGGAGGUUAUGAUCCGCGACACAGAGAACCUUCUUACUGCAAUGCAGAUCGUGCAUGCUGGUGGGAGUUGACAGUACUUGCUUCACAUGUACACCCAUCGGUUGCUACUAUGGCUGGGACCCUUCUUUCCGGGACCAAUAUUGUUUACAAUGGCAACCCAUUACAUGAUCUGUCACUAACUGCUUUUCUAGACAAGUUCAUGGAAAAGAAACCUAAGACGAGUGCUUGGCAUGGUGGUUCUCAAAUUGAACCCGCCAAGAAGCUCAACAUGACCAACCAUUUAAUUGGGCCAGAAAUUCUGUCAUUGGCCGAAGUGGAUGUGCCCCCAGAAGAUCUUGUUUUCCAUAAAUUUUAUUUGAACAAAAUGAAUUCUUCAAAGAAAUCGAAGAAGAAGAAAAAGAAGAAAUUGUCAGAAGAGGUGGAUGCUGAAGAACUGUACAAUGUGGAUGGUGAUAAUGUAAAUGACAGCGACAAUGAUGAUAUAGAUGGUGGUGAUGAGAGUGACAAUGAAGAGAUUGAAAAUAUGUUAGAUGCUGCGAAUCCUUCGCUAGAGGAAGAUAGUGACUAUGAUUAUGACAAUCUGGAUGCAGUUGCCCAGGAAGACGAUGAUGAUUUGGUUGGUGAUUUGAGUGAUGCAGAGAUGGACUUCAGUACUGCUGAUGAAGAAGAUUUUGGCACUGAGGUUGAUGAUAAUAACAGUGAAGAUGGCGCCGAUGCUGAUGAUAUUGACAUUGGAGAUGUCGAUGAUGAGGGUUUCAAAAAGAGAAAAAGAAAAGGGAAAAAAACGGGAGCAUCCCCCUUUGCAAGUUUUGAAGAUUACAAGCAUUUGAUAGAUGAUGAUAAUCCAAUCGGGUCAUCAUCCAAGAGAAAGAAUACAAAGAGAAGGCCAAAGCAUACAAAGAAAAGGAGGUUAUCCAACUGAGUUUACUUCUCUUCUUCGCUUCAAAUUUUGUUAACAUCAUCAAUCUGCCCGUUAAUGUAGUAAGAACUUGAUACGGUUCAAUUUUGCAGAAAGGUUGAGCACAUGUAUCAGAGAAUUUAUAUAUUGUAUUUUCAGCUAAAAUAUUGAAUAUGGUUACAUCAACAGAGCUUUUUUUCAUGGUUA